GUAGGCCAAUUGCUAGUUUGUUUUCUCUCUUGUCACAUUUUCUUCUUAAACCAUUACUUGUUUUUUUGUUGUUAAAAUCUCUUAAUGAAAACUCCUACUACAUUUUAUCAAUCGUAACGAUUGUUUCCUCAUUAUCAUUUUAUGAUAUAAGGAAUAUUUUUUCGUGACAACGCAUAAAUGAAAUAAAAUGACACUGUAUUUUACUCCAUCCCCAACCUCCAACCUGUAUAGCGAUACAAAAACUCUUAGAACAAUGGACUCGUUCAAUGAUCACCCAGGUCGGUUAUGUAGACUUUGUGCUCAGCCUGAAACUGAGGAUAAGCUAAUAUAUAUUUACAAAGAAAAUGAAGAAGUUGAGGAUCACCUUGCAGAGAUUAUAAACCUGAGUCUACCUAUCAAGGUUUCACAGAUUGACCAUUUACCCAAGCAAAUUUGUCAGUCUUGUCUGGAAAAAUUACAAGCGACUCACGAGUUUGCCUUGAGCUGUCUUGCCACCGAACAGGAACUUCAAGAGCUUUUCGCAGCAAACAAGUUUCAAUCAGUGGGCGAUUCAUCUGACAACUCCUUAGGAGAUACAUUAAAGGACAAAAUUGAUUUAAAGCUUUCCACUUCAACUUCAGCUGCCUUAUGUGAAAAAUCGACCGACAACUUGAGUGACUUGGAAGAGGGAAAACUGGAAGAAUUUAUGAGCCCUCUUCAAUGUAGGUCUUCAGAAAGUUAUCAAUGCCCUCUCUGUUGUGAUGGUGAAAUGGGCUCAUGUCUGGAUGAACCUGUUGAGCUAGGUGUUCAAAAUCACAUAUCUCCUCAAAAAUCUUUCGAAGAAGAGCUCAUGGCACAGUACAAUCGAGCAAAUGAAGAAGAUGAUUCUAGCUCAUCUGUUGUUGAAGAGGAUCUAGAAUCAGAAUUGGAAUCUAUCACUGAAGUGGUAGUAGAUGAAAACAUAGACCAAAGAGAUGCUGCCAUCAGUAUUGGCAAUAAUUCUUCUGCUGGCCCAGCGAAAAAAUUGAGGCAACUGAAAGGGAUUCCGAAACACCGACAAAUAAGAAGGCAGAAGCACAGAGUAACAGCUGCUCGUGGGAAAAGAAAGGUACAAGGGAAGGCUGAGGAAAGUGAUGCCCUGAUUUGGAUCAAAGCUGAUAAUGAGGAGUCUAUACCACUAGUUCAGUGUAUACACUGCAGUGGGUGGUUGCCAGGAUAUGCUUCUUGUCUACAGCACUCUCUGACCAGUCAUAUAGAUGUUGAUGCAGCAGAUCAGAAAACAUAUCAUUGUGCACGAUGUGAAGGAGUAUCAGUUUCAACUCAUUCUGAUCUUAUAAAUCAUUUUAAGAAGUCCCACUGUCCUAACCAUGAGUUUGAAGUGGAGGAGUGUAAUGGGCAGUUUGUAGUUUCUGACAAAAGUCAAUCAAAGGCUUUAUCUGAGGCUAGUGUACCUAGAGAUAUAACUUAUAACUGCAGCAUUUGUGAGAAAGGCUUCAAUUGGCUUUUAAAUCUCCUUCAACAUUCUUGUUCACAAGUAAACUGUAAUGACUUGUAUUGCAAUAUUUGUGAUCAAGAGUAUCGCAAUCGUCAACGGUUUGUGUUCCAUAUGAAUUUCCACAGCGAUAUAGCGCCUGCAUUGAUGUGUGAUGUUUGUGACCAGUCCUUUGCUGAUGAUUCUUUACUAUAUGAUCAUGUACGUUUUGCACAUGUGACUGAAAAUGUCGAGUGUAGUGAGUGUGGAAAGGAUUUUAGAUCUGAAAAAGGUCUUACUGCCCACCAAAUGCUUGCACACAACUCUGAUCCUACCAUGCAAAAUAGACAUAAGUGUACUACAUGUGGAAAAUGUUAUAGAGACAAACAGGGACUCAAAGAACAUUUAGUUACACACAUGAGUGAAAAACCAUUUCCCUGUGACAAAUGUGACCGGGCCUAUAACCGAUACUCACGCCUCAAGCAACAUCAACUUUCUCAUGUUUAUACAGAGUCUAUGGAAUGUUAUGAAUGUGUUAAUUGUGGUUUAGCCUUUCCCGAUAUGGAUAAAGCACUGGCACAUUCAACUUCUGAGGAGCAUGAGGUCCAAAAUACUGUUCUGGCUAAACUGUACAGGUGUGAAUACUGUGACACAGUAUUUUCUUGUCCGGAUGGCCUUAACCAACACCGCCCAUCUCAUGUAGGAGAAAAACCAUUUGUUUGUCACAUUUGUGGAGCAUCAUUUCAUACUUAUUCAAGAGUCACAACGCACAAAACCACGCAUGGCAUAUAUGACCAGAUAGAGCCACAAGAAGGUGACUUCACUAUCCCCCGGCAUUUUCUGUGUGAGCACUGUGGUGUGAGCUAUCCCUACUGGAGCUAUCUUCAAACUCAUCGCAAGAUGCGGCAUAGUGAAAACCCUUAUUCUUUAAGUUGUAAACUUUGCCCUGAAAAGUUUAAAAACUCUUGGAGUGUUGUCUACCACCGUAAGAAAGUGCAUGAAAACAAUGGAGAGACAAAAGAAUGGCGAAAACGUACUUUACAGUGCCCUCACUGUGGUGUGAACUGCAUGUACCAACACACAUUAAGCAUGCACAUAGAACGGAAACAUGGCUCAUUAUUAGAUGAUGAUGGAAAACGAGAGAGUUACCAGUGUGAAGAAUGUGGUAAAGUUUUCAAGUACCAGUCCUCCCUUCUGCUGCACCAAAAAAUGCAUCAAGGUCAAAAAAGUUUUCAGUGUGAGGAAUGUGAUAAAUCAUUUCUUACUAUUGCUACUCUGCGUAAUCACACCAAAAGAUGCCAUCAGGGUAUAAAACCACACCAAUGUGAAUAUUGUGGAAAAGCAUUCUUUCACAGAGUUACCCGUGAUGAUCACUUGCGAGUGCAUACAGGUGAAAAACCUUUCAAGUGUCAAUUCUGUGAUAAAAGAUUCCGCUUGAAGUCUAUGCUAACAGACCAUGCCAAAAUCCAUAAUGAUCAUCGCCCGUACCCAUGUGAUGUCUGUGGGACAUCUUUCAGGCGCAUGGUUCACAUGAAACAGCACCGUAUGCUACAUACCGGUGAAAAGCCUUUCCAAUGUAGGUACUGCGGUCAAGAUUUUCGUUUAAAGCAGGAACUUCAACGCCACAUGAAAUCAAAGCAUGGGGAACUAGCUGUGGAGAAUAUUGAGGAAGAGGAAUAUAUCUUUGCAGACCAGUAAAAUUCUGAAAAGAACUCCUCUUUGAUCUCAACAGGUCAAGAUCAAUUUUAAUGCUUAAACUGAAAGUAUGACUGUAUGUCUUUUUCUAACUAAAUGUUUUCUCUUAGGACCUUAGAUAUUUAAAAUUCAUCAGAAGUCCUUUCUGAAUAGACAUGUUGUAGAAGCCAUGAGAAUAAUACCUGUUGAAAGAUAAGCAAGAUAAGAUCGGUUCUUAUCUUUUACUUCUAUUGUAGGGUUAGUUGAUAACAAUAAAGAAACAUACUAUAUAA